AUGUUUAAUGGUUCUAACAAUGCUUACGCCAAGCCCGGCGCCUCGUACGAAGCCCCCGGAAUGAAAAGCGACCAGUAUAGCGGCAACUACAACAACAACAACAACAACAACAACAACAACAACAACUACAACGAGCCCCUCCACUAUUCGACAGCAUCUAACGGGUCGUUCAACUCGUGGUCGCGUCCGCCAAUGACGGCGUUCAGCUCAAACUAUCUCAGAGAACAGGACUCCCAUCCUUCGUUGCAAGAUCAUCUUCAGCACCAUGCAGACUCGACAAGCAACGCUCUGGGAUCGUCCAUGAAUGGUGGCGGGUUUGCCGAUGCUCCAAGCCUGGCGUACCCCUCGACCCCAACCACGUCGCAUCUAAACUACGCGUCCCCACAAAAUCAGAAUCAGAACCUGUUGAACACGCCGCCUCCGGUCUCCACAUUUGCCAACGGCGCCAACAACGCACCCAGUCUCUACAGUCACGGGAACAACUCUCAAAGUAACCUGCGCAACAACGUGUAUCCCAAUCUGCAAGUCUCGCCCGGCAAGUAUUCCGUGACGUCAGACUACCCUUCCGACAACCACACAUUGCAAAGUCCCCAGCAUCUCCCUCAGUAUAACAACGCUAGACAGAGUCCCCAGCAUACGCAGCAGUUUCAAGCUGUACCCAGCCCCCAGCAUCCACAACAGUACCCCUCAAAUACCAGUCUACAUCAACACAGCCCGCUAAGAGGUCUUCAAGGGCUGGCACCAAGCGAUUCACAGCCACGCGCAGCAGCUGCUGCCGCUGCCGCUCCUGUGACUCCCAACUACAUGUAUUUCGAAAGACGCCCAGACCUGCUUUCCAAAUCCAUUCAAGACAAGGCUGCUACUGCCAAGUUGAAGAUCGAAAACUUCUACCAGUCCUCGGUCAAUUAUGCUAUAGAACGUAACCAGAGACGCGUGGAGCUCGAGAACCAGUUGGUGUCUCAAGAUUGGUCGGACGAACGCAAAAGCAGGCAGCUUUCCACGCUGGGCAAAAAAGAGUCCCAGUUCCUGCGACUACGUCGUACUCGGCUUUCUUUGGAAGAUUUCCAAACCGUCAAAGUCAUCGGUAAAGGUGCAUUCGGAGAGGUUAGGCUAGUUCAGAAGCGAGACACUGGGAAAAUAUAUGCCAUGAAAACUUUGUUAAAAUCCGAAAUGUACAAAAAGGACCAGUUGGCGCACGUCAAAGCUGAAAGAGACGUGCUAGCGGGCAGCGACUCGCCCUGGGUGGUCUCGCUGUAUUACUCAUUUCAAGAUACGCAGUACCUGUACCUUAUUAUGGAGUUUUUGCCAGGUGGUGACUUGAUGACCAUGCUCAUUAGAUGGCAAAUAUUCACUGAGGAUGUGACAAGAUUUUACAUGGCAGAAUGCAUUUUGGCCAUCGAGGCCAUUCAUAAACUUGGCUUUAUACACAGAGACAUUAAGCCAGAUAACAUAUUGAUCGACAUACGAGGACACAUCAAGCUGUCCGACUUUGGGUUGUCGACUGGGUUCCACAAGACUCACGAUUCCAAAUACUACAAAAAGCUGUUACAACAGGACGAAGUGAACGCUGCCACGGGCAACCUUCAAAAACCGCAAAUGGGCAUAGCGGCGAACAACUCGGGCAAAAAUCGGAACACGAUGUUUGUGGAUGCCAUUCAUUUGACCAUGACCAAUAGACAACAAAUUCAGACCUGGAGAAAGUCGCGUCGGUUAAUGGCAUAUUCCACUGUCGGUACACCGGACUACAUUGCGCCUGAGAUUUUCUUAUAUCAAGGUUACGGCCAGGAGUGCGAUUGGUGGUCCUUGGGGGCAAUCAUGUACGAAUGUCUAAUUGGAUGGCCUCCAUUCUGCUCCGAAACGCCUCAGGAAACAUAUCGAAAGAUCAUGAAUUUCGAGCAGACAUUACAAUUUCCGGACGAUAUCCACAUUUCGUAUGAAGCGGAAGAUUUAAUUCGCAGACUUUUGACGCAUGCGGAUCAGAGACUCGGUCGACACGGGGGUUCUGACGAGAUCAAGAGCCAUCCAUUUUUCCGCGGUGUCGACUGGAACAGUAUCAGAAUGGUGGAAGCGCCAUAUAUCCCCAAGUUGAGCAGCAUCACGGAUACCAGAUUUUUCCCUACGGACGAGUUAGAAAACGUUCCCGACAGUCCAGCCAUGGCUCAAGCGGCCCGCCAAAGAGAAGUCAUGAUACAACAAGGUGGAGCUGCGGCCAAUCCGGGAAGCAAGGAGGAUCUGCCAUUCAUCGGGUACACGUAUUCGCGGUUUGACUAUUUAACGCGGAAAAACGCUUUGUAG